AUGGCGCUCGGGCGCGCUGCGUGCCUGCGUGCGCUGCGGUUCAAGCGCGUGGCUGCCGCGCGGCGCAACGCCGCCUGGGCCGCGUCGGCCGCCCGUUCGCGCCGGGGCCCGGCGCCCGCGGCAUGCCUUCACCACGCGGCGAGCGAUGCCCCCGGCAGCCCGUACACCAUCACCACCCCGCUGUACUACGUCAACGCCGUGCCACACAUGGGCAGCGCCUACCCCACCAUAGCAGCCGACGUGCUGGCGCGCUUCCACCGCAUGCGCGGCCGCGAAGUGCGCUUCCUGACGGGCACCGACGAGCACGGGGAGAAAAUCGCGCUGGCGGCGGCGGCGCGCGGCCUGAGCCCCCAGGAGCAUUGUGACAGCAUUGCCCGCGAGUACGAGGCGCUCUGGGCCAAGCUGGACAUAUCCUAUGACAGCUUUGUGCGCACCACCGCGCCGCACCACGAGGCGCUGGUGGGGGAGGUGCUGCAGCGCGUGUGGGACAAGACCUGGCUGCUGUGCCGCUGCCUUUGA